CGCCCCCAAAGCCAGCGACUUCCGCUUCUGUGUCAACCCUGGGCUACACUAAAGUCCUGCUCAUAUCUCUGGACCUGUCAAAACAUCCACUGUGCACACACCGCCGAGGUUACUAAUUUUCUCCUGUCAGCACAAACUGAACUCUGAAGGUACACCAGCUGGUGUAGUUCUCCUUUGGUCAAACCAUCCCCCAGAAAUCAACAUCAUACCGAGUUUGGGACAUUCCCCGCCUGGAUAUUAAACGGACAUUGCGCUGUCGCUGUGGUGACACUCUAGAGGGACCUUGAUCGACAGGUCUGCCACCAAAAGGAACAUGUGCUAGAAGUUGUACAUCUGUCCUGAACGACUGCGAGGCUUUGACUCUAGAAGAUGAGCAAUGAGGAUGAGUUCUACGACGCCGUCACAGGCCUGGAUUCGGACGAGUCAUAUGAGGGAGUGUCAGAGGCCAGUUUCAAAGAUGCACUGGUGUUUGACGGCAGCAGUCAGAAGAACAACGGAUCAGUGCCACAGGAGAACGGCAUCAAGAAACACAGGACGUCCCUACCUGCGCCUAUGUUCUCCAGAAACAAUGUCAGUAUCUGGAGCAUCCUGAAGAAAUGCAUCGGACUGGAACUGUCAAAGAUCACAAUGCCCAUCGUCUUCAACGAGCCUCUGAGCUUCCUGCAGAGAAUCACAGAAUACAUGGAACACACUUACCUCAUCAACAAAGCCUGCUCGCUGUCCGACUCCAUAGAACGCAUGCAGGCAGUAGCUGCUUUUGCUGUGUCAGCAGUUGCUUCCCAAUGGGACAGAACUGGAAAACCCUUCAACCCUCUGCUGGGAGAGACCUAUAGAACUCACCAAGGGCUGGGUUUCCGGCUGGUUUCAGAGCAGGUAUCACAUCAUCCCCCGGUCAGUGCCUUCCAUGCAGAGAGCCUGGUCGGGGACUUUGUCUUCACCGCCAUCUACCCCAAACUCAAGUUCUGGGGCAAAAGCGUUGAGGCUGAGCCUAAAGGGACCAUCACACUAGAGCUACUCAAGCACAAUGAGGCGUACACAUGGAGUAACCCUUACUGCUGUGUACACAACAUCAUCCUGGGCAAGCUAUGGAUAGAGCAGUAUGGCACAGUGGAAAUAGUCAACCACAGCACUGGAGACAAGUGUGUGUUGAAUUUCAAGCCCUGUGGGAUGUUUGGCAAAGAGCUGCACAAAGUGGAGGGAUACAUCCAGGAUAAGAGUAAAAAGAAGCACUGCGUUAUAUAUGGGAAGUGGACCGAGUGCAUGUGGAGUGUCGACCCUCAGGCGUACGAGGCGCACAAGAAGUCAGAGAGGAAAGGAGACAACAAGAAGCACAAAAAUGAUGAGCUGGAUGGAGCAGACAACGAUGAUGCAGACGACAUGCCCGAAGUCCAGGAGACGGUUUCUGUCGUACCAGGAAGCACUCUGCUGUGGAGGAUAGACUCCAGACCGGCACACUCUACUACGAUGUACAAUUUCACCAACUUUGCGAUGUCUCUCAAUGAGCUGGAGCCUGGCAUGGAAGCCAUCUUGGCCCCCACAGACUGUCGCUUCAGACCUGAUAUCAGAGCCAUGGAGAAUGGCAACAUGGACGAGGCCAGUAAGGAGAAGGAGAGAUUGGAGGAGAAACAGAGAGCUGCCAGAAAGGAGAGAGCCAAGUACGAGGAGGAGUGGUCUACAAGGUGGUUCCAGAUGGGCACCAACCCGUACACCGGCGCCCAGGGCUGGCUCUACACCGGUGGCUACUUCAAUAGGAACUACCAAGACCUGCCCCAUAUCUACUGAUAGCCCGCUAGCCUUCAUCCUCAUCCUCCUCUUCUUUAACCUGCAAUGAUCUGCCUGUCAUGAAAUGGAGAAAAAUGUUAAGAAUCCACAUACCAGUCUUUAUCUCACUGCCUUCAUCAUCGGACACACCCAGCAUAAAUUGGAAAGACUUAUAAAGAAGCCAAAUGCCUGUCACUUCCCUCAAACAGCGGCCUGCUUGAUGUCUGCUGAGUCUUCAGGUCUUUUUUGUUUUUCUUCAUGUAAAAGAUUUUACAUCAUCUUCACUUCCGCCGUAUUCUUAUCAUCUUGUGUGAUUUCGUCACAUUAGGACCAGCAAGCAUUUCUCAUCUCUCUGCCCCGGCAUCGUUUAGAGCACAAGGUUAUAUUCCCGACCAGUCGCAGCGGCAGAGAGUUGGUACGUCUGAAACAACGGUUAACGACCCACAAACUCACAGAUACAAUUUUGAAUGUUUAACGCCUUUACAAUCAAACUCUCGCCUGAGGAACCACCUGCCACACCUCCGGACCGCGUCACGUGUUAUUAAUGAGCAAAUCUGAGUAAAAACAACAUGAAGUAAGACAUAAUCACAGCGAUGGAUUUACAGGCCGAUACCUAGUCAACGGGGAAAUCAGGGAUGUGAAUUCUCCUUUGACUGAAGACGGAUCUCGAUGAUUUUUGUUUUUGGAAACCGCUCAGAAAAUAAAUAUAGGUGACAUUGUACUCUUUAAGGAGCGACAUUAUAAACAAAUACUGUUGGUUUAAUUGGUCAAGAUAAAUCGAAUGCAAGCAUGAGCUCAUUACUGUCCAUGUGUCAUAACCAUAAAACAUUUAGUAUGGACUGUUACUCGCCCAUUACCCUUUCACAAGGUUUAUGCAUCAAAAUAAAUCAAGACAUCUACUAGAAAACAGUUCCUCGACAGCGGAGUGGAAUGUGCGGCUCGAGCGGGACGAGACCUGGGAUCAGCACAGAAACCACACGCAACCUGAUGUCCUCCUGCAUGGGAACAGAUGAAUGAAUAGAGCGUGGGUUCGGUGGCACGCCUGAGCUGUUUGCACCCUCAAAAUGUUACUCUGUUGUCUUAACACCUGGCCUGUAAGUCUGUAAGAAUAGUUGCUGGUUUUACUUAGAGACAGUUGAAAUGUAAAGUAUGAUUAACAGUCCACUGUGCUCACUCAUUAAGUGAAUUCUCUCUGUGUGGGUUGAUAAAAUAAAACAGAGCAGCUGGAGUUCAGAGCCAGAGUUUAAGGAACACUGAACAGAAUGUUCAUGUACAUGAUAUGCAUCUUGGAUAGCUGGCUAACUGUGCUGGCUGCUAAGUCAUAGCUGGAGAUUACCGGCAUUCAAAACAGGCUUCACAGAAAAUCUUUUCAUCCUCUGGUUUAUACAUUUCUUUCAGAAUCUGAUGGUCAGUGCCUGCAUGUGCAUGUAAAUCUAAACCUGGAAGAUAAAUUCACUCCUUCAGAGUUAAAUCUCACACUCUAUAAAAUGAUUUUGACAUUUUAAGUGGAUAUUUAACUCCCAGAUUAGACAGUGACAGUAAUGAAAUCUAAUAUAAUACUGAGUAAAUGUAAGGAACAAUAACAGUACAUGCACAUUCAUUGUGUGAGUGAGUAUAUGAAUAUGUACGACACCUAAAGCCAUAUUAACUACAAGAGAGAGUGGAUUUGCUGUGUGAAUGACGGGAAUUUGACUGUCAGCCCUUAAAAUUUACAUUAUUAUUAUUAUUAUUAACCUCACUAUCAUCAUAGCAUGAUUAAUAAAGAAAGCAUUAUUCAUGUCAGUGUAAUAUAAUGUAACAUGCACCGUUAGAUAUUCUGCUGUCACGCUGGAUUGGAUGCUAGAGAAUGGAUAGAUUACUGAACAGGCCCAAAGGGUCACCACCAAAAGAAAGACACACAAUGACUGUAGAUAUGUAAAACGACUACAAAGAGACUCAUAACGACAACAGAGAGAUGUAAAAUCAACAGUACUUUGUGUCUCUUGCUGUUUUGGUGUCUUGCUCCUGUAUCAGAGGGAUGAAGGGCCUUUAACAUACAGUAUCUGUGCCCAGGGACCUGUUCUGCCAUCCAGUGAUUUUUUUUUUUGUCUUCUGAUAUUGAUUGUCGUAAAAAAAAGUGUUUCAUUCUCAAAAUUGAAAAAAACAAACAUGAAAACCAGUCUAAUGAAUGUCAGCACACACAAAAAUAGUAGAGGGAGAGAUGGCGCUCCUGAGAAAGACUGUCGAGUGCAACACAGCAAGGCUAUCAAGUAUUUGAGAGCUUAAUGUACAGAAACUCUUGACUCGAUGAGACAUCCUGUGCACGGUGCGUCUUUCUUCUGCACGUUUUGAAUCACGUUAAGCCUCGCGACUCGACUCAGACACGAGAUACCACAUCAUGUUGCACCGAGCAAAUAUUUUGGACUUCAGCUGCUCUGAAGCUUUAUCGUGAUGUUACAGAUUCAUGAUAUUUAGAAAGCUCACUCAGUAUUUUGCCUUCAAUUCCAGCUGAGCAGAACUCACAUUUCCAUUCAGACUGGGCGCUUGAAAUCCAAAUGCAGAUGUAGGAUCUGCAUUUUGUUAAUAGGACAUCAGGAAAAAUAUCAGAUGGGAAUGGAUUGGACAGAUUUUACUUUCAGUUUAUAUAUUUUUAAUAUGUAUGCUGAAAUUAUAUUACAUAUAUUAAAAAAACAUGUUUAUCAGAGCUCCAUUCUCCUGAGCUUCAGAUGAAAUUAACAUUAAAUAAAAUGUAAAUAGCCUUGAUCUUGUUGAAGAACAGUCAAAGGUUGUGUUUUAGAUUUCAGUUGUAUAAUGAGGUUACAACCCUCAGCUCUCCAGGUUAUCACCACACCAUAAUACUCUCCACAUUACCUGCAGACCUGUUUGCACUGGUGAGAAAGAGCGUAUAAGAUAAAGUGAGAUACCCUUCUGGACGUGAUCUACAGAAAUCUUUAUUCUGGAUAUGUCAUUCACCAGGUUGCAGAUGUUUAAAAGUCAUGUUUUCAUCAGUGCAUUCAGGAGCUAUGACGUAUUUCACAAUACCAACUCUAUGCAACUCCUCAACAUAAACAGUACACGCCUGGUCUGUUAUUGUACAGUAGCUUUACAUUCCCCUCAACCCCAGCAGCACACAUCUUCAGCUUGGACAGGCUGAUGUCUCUCAAAAUGAAGACUUCUUAGUUUAAUAUAUAAUAAUUGGAAAUGAAUAGAACUUGUCACUACAACCAGCCUCGUACCGCAUCUUGGACCAAUUUAACUUUUCUGUUUUUAAAAUGUAUUUCCAUGUCUUGCUUAGUUCCUGGAUUUGUUUACCUUUUUUCCCAUUACCACAUUUUUUUUUUAACUUAUGUGUAUUAUUUAUGAUGUUUGAUGUUUUAUGAAAUGGAUUCUGUUGUCAGUUGUUAUUUUUUGCUUAUGUAGCUAAUCUAAAACAGCUCUUAAUUUCUCUUUUUUCACUUGAAUACAAAUUUGAGCUGUUUUGUAGAGGAGCAGAGUGUCUAAAUCGGGCUUGAAGUGAACAUCAUUCACCAGUUUAACAUUUUGCUGUGACCGUUAAUCUGUCAGAUGUAGGUAGACAGUGACUCCUUCCUGUUUGAAUGUCUUUUGGCUGCUAAAAUUCACGUGGAAUACCCCGAACACGGUUAUUUUCAUGCCUACAAGAUCACAUUUUUUUUCAACUUGUCAUUAAAAAGUCAUUAAAACUCACACAAACACUACUUGAGUCACAAAAAGGUGUGAACUGAACACUGGUCAAAUGCUGCAGUAGUAAAUGAGUCCAAACAGGAACACCAGCCUCUGUUCAAAAGUAGCUUUUGACUCUAAUGUAAAAAGAGUGGGUAAAAUAGUCCCAGCAGCCAGUAAACAUAUGGAACAGUCACAUUCAUGAGUGCUGAUUCGGCUCUACCAGUCACAAGACUAAUGCUCUGUCACUGAACUAGAUCUAGGUUGUUAUUUUGCUUUGAGUGUUGGUUCUUUCUAUAAAGAUGUGUCCUUCUCUUGGACUGUAUCACGGGGUUGUCAAUGUUAUAUAUGUGUACAAGUGCUGCACAGAGGUAAUCACAAGCAAAAUGGCAUAUUAUUUUGUGCAAUUGAUUUAUUUUUAUAGUAUUUAAACUGUUUUUGGUGAGAACAUUGUACCAGAUGUUUUAUUUUGAGGUGGGGGAUUGUAAGGGGUCGUAUCCAAUCUGUGGACAGUUUGGUAGAUUAAUGAACAGGGGAAAUGUCUACUAAUAAAAUCCUAAUUUCAGUUUUUGA